CUCCAUCUUCUAUCUAUCUGUCGCACAACAGGGUUUUAGUGUUUUCUUUUUUCGUUUUAAGAAUGAGUAACGGAAACACAGAUGCCCUAGAUAUAUCUGCCGCCGCCGCAGCUCUAAGUGUAGAGGAUCGCGAAGGUCUUGUGAAUGAUUUAAAGAAGACAAUUCUAGAAUUGGCUGAUAAGAAAUUGGAAAUUCUUGAUGAUUUAACACCUAAUGUUAGGAAGCGUGUAGAGUAUCUCAGGGAACUCCAGAGCCAACAUGAUGAAUUGAAGACAAAGUUUGUAGAGGAGAGAAUAAUAUUGGAGGCUAAGUAUGAGAAGCUCUAUGAGCCUCUUUAUGCAAAAAGAAGUGGUGUUCUGAUUGGUACUAUUGAAGUUGAUGGUGUUACUAAUGAGGGGAAAAAGGAUGAAGAUAAAGAAGCUGAAGAGAAAGGGGUGCCCAGUUUUUGGCUUAUUGCGAUGAAAAAUAAUGAAGUGUUGGCUGAAGAGAUAACAGAGCUUGAUGAAGAGGCUCUCAAAUAUCUUAAAGACAUUACAUGGUGUAAACUUGAGGGUGCCCAGGGUUUUAAGCUUACAUUCUCCUUUGAUCCCAAUCCUUUCUUCAAGAACACCAUUCUAACUAAAGCCUAUCACAUGAUUAAUGAAGAGGAAGAUAUAUUGGAGAAAGCAAUUGGGACUCCGAUUGAAUGGUUACCAGGAAAGUGCUUGACUCAGAAAACUCUCAAGAAGAAGCCAAAGAAAGGAUCUAAGAAUACAAAACCUAUCACAAAGAUUGAGAAUUGCGAGAGUUUCUUCCACUUCUUUAAUCCUCCACAGAUUCCUGAUGAUGAUGAUGAGGACAUUGACAGUGAUGCUGUUGAAGAACUUCAGGACCAAUUGGAACAAGACUAUGAUGUUGGUUCUACCAUUCUUGAAGAUAUAAUUCCACGAGCUGUUUCAUGGUAUACUGGGGAAGCUGCAAGUGAUGAUGAGUUUGAGGUUGCUGUUGAUGAUGGUGAAGACAAUGAUGAAGAUGAUGAUGAUGAUGAAGAUGAUGAAGACGAGGAAGAAGAGGAAGAAGUUGAUGCUUAGAAGAAUGAUUGAAAACAAAAUAUCUUUGUGUGACGAAAUUUUUAUUUUUUUUUUCUAUUUGAUUUGGAUAUUCUAUGUUGGGUUUUUUCUAAUUAUCCUCUAGCCUUGGUUGAUAUGGGCUGAGAUUUUUGAUAUUCUUUUCCUUUUUGCGGGUUGUUGGAGUUUGUGUGAAAUUUGCAUUUUUGAGAAGUAAUCAAUUUAUUUUAGUAAGAAAUUUUGCAUAAACUGUC